AUGAAGGUGGCUCAACUAGACUGUCUGAUUCUUCUACCAUCUCCUACCACAGCAGGCUCUGAGAGGUUUGAGGUUCUUGGUCCAACUGAUCCCAUUGUUGCUGUGGCUGGUGAUGACAUCAUUCUGCCCUGUUACCUCAAACCCAACAUCAGUGCUGAGGACAUGACAGUAGACUGGCUGAACCUGGACUCCAAAGACGGUCGUGUCUUUCGUUACCAAAACAGAAAAAUCAUACGAGAGGAUCAGAUUCUCUUCUAUAGAGGAAGAACAUCACUGUUUGAAGAGGAACUGUGGAGGGGAAACACCUCUUUGAAACUGACCAGGGUACAAGGCACUGAUGAGGGACAUUACAAAUGCUUUAUUAAAGCAAAGAGCUGGUAUGAUGAUUUCACUAUUCAAGUCCUCGUUGAAGCUGUAGGAUCCAAGCCAGUGGUGUCCAUUGAGGGACACAGAGAGGGAGGGAUGGGUCUGCUGUGUGAAUCAGAAGGCUGGCACCCUGAGCCUGAGCUGGUGUGGCUGGACAGUAAAGGAGUCCGUCUCUCUGCUGGACCUCCUGAGACACACAGAGACUUCAAGGGAUUCUACAGAGUCAAACAACAUGUCACUGUCCAGGAGACUGACACCAACCGCUUUACCUGCAGAGUCCAACAGAGCUGGAUCAAUGAGAAGAUGGAGACAGAGGUUCACCUCCCUAGUGAGUAACAACAUAAUAUUAUUUAGACAUGAAACACUGGAGAUAUUGAUGUGUUAAUGUCCAGUAUAUGUUUUAACCAAAGGCUUUGAGACAACAAUACAAAAGGGUAGUGUUUAUUAUGACACACUCCACUGCUGUGUGGUAGUAUUAGUACCA